AUGGCAAGAACAAAACACAAAGUAGAAAAUGAAAAUUGUUCCAAAGCAUUCACACAUAACAACCAUGCAAAGUUAAAAGAGUCUGGCGACAAGAUAGUUGAUAGUCGCUAUAGGGAAAUAUGUGGCAACAAGCAGGAACUCACAGACUAUAAAAAGUUCAAAUAUUCUUUUCCUGUACUCAAAGGCCAGACAGCCGAAGAUGAAAACAACCAGAAGAUAGAUAAAAGCGGAAAAUUCAAAAGAGGCGGGGGUCGAAUAAACAGCAACCAUGCCAUAUUUUCAGGCCAAAAGCUUGAUAUUUCGGAGAGAUUCGAAUGUGAAACUUUCGUUGGAUUUAAUACCAAGUCUUUUAUCAGCUGCCUUGACUGGAAUGGUAAAUUUAUUUGUGUUGGUCUUAAAUCUGACUCUGCACCUUUGAACAUUUUUGAGAGACGAGAAGGCCAAUCAAAAAUAAUUAUCUUCGAUACGGACUUAAAGCUCAUUAGGAAGCUGUCAGCAAGCUUUGGGAGCGUCUUACAGGUGAAAAUACAUAACAACAUUCUCUAUGCCUUGUUUUCCAAUGGGUUUCUGGCCAAAUAUACCGAUCUAUCGACUGAAUAUGAAAUAUUAGAAAAAGACCGAAAGAUCAUUGUCUUCGAUGUAAAUUCGGAAAUUCUAGCAUACACCGACGGACCGAAUCUAACAAUCAAUGGAAUGACUAGAAAUUAUGACGGAAUAAUCAUUAAGGUACUGGUAUAUUCCGGAUUUGUCAUAACACUUGACAUAAACGGUAGAGUCUAUAUGACAACUGUCAAAAUGGAAGAAUCAAAUGAAAUUACUGCAAAAUACACAAUAGCAAACAUAGAAAUAAUCGAGUCAUCUCUUUUUCUAUUUGAGGACUCGCAAUACAGUGUGGUAUUUCCGUUCUCAAGUGACGAGCAGGCUGAUGAGCUCAAUAAAAAGUUUAUGAGCUUCUUCACAAAGACAUCAAAUGGGAAGAUAGUCAAUAACAAAAGGUAUAAACUGAGGAGAAAAACGAAGGAAGUAUUUCAAGUGUGCAAGAGAGACGGAAUUGUCCAUUUUUGUGCGAACCCGACAGAGUUUUCCGAAGACCAGUUUGAGAGAAUCGUCAAUGUGAUGAGUGGCAAGGAUAGUUUUAUACUUUGUACCGAGAAUGGACUAGUAUUGAAAGUAUAUUAUUUCUAA